UAAAAAGAAGAAAGCAUACAAAAAAGGUGACAAAAAUGAAGGCUAUUUUAAUGACAGUAUGACCAAGACAUCCAGAGCAAUAGGAGGUGCCGCUGUAAAUCCAUCUGCCGAAACAGUAACGUCACCAGUUCACACACAACAACCUGGUGUGAUUCCUGCACCUUUGCAGCCUCCGCCAUCAAGCAGGCAUCAGAACCAGCAGAACUUUGUUCCAGUAACAGCUGGAAAUGUGCCAAGCUAUGCUGCAGCGGCACAAGGCCAUGGGGCUGUGCAAGUUCCAGUGCAUGCUGUUAAUGCAGCUGCACCAUCAAACUGGCAACAGCAGCAGGCAAUGCUGCAGAGACUUCCACCACCACCAGGCACRCAACAUGUACAAAUGCCUCAGCAAUAUCAAGUGCAAUCCACUAAUGCACUUACUCAGGCUCAAUUUGCUUCCCAAAAUGUCUCGCCCACUCAGAGACAAAUCUACCAAGGUCAUCCCCCACCCCCUCAGCAGCAAGGGCAGGUAUACCAACCCCCACCCCCUCAACAACAGGGGCAAGUCUAUCAAGCUCCUCCUUCUCAGCAGCAAGGACAAAAUUACCAAGCACCACUCCCUCAGCAACAAGGUCCAAGUUACCAAGCCCCACCUGCACAGCAAGGACAGAAUUAUCAAGCCCCACCCCCACAGCAAGGACAAAAUUUUCAAGCCCCACCCCCACAACAACAGGGACAAAUCUACCAAGCUCCACCCUCUCAGCAGCAGGGUCAAAAUUACCAAGGUCCUACCCAACAGCAGGGAUUCUAUGCAGUUGGUGUGGUAGGAUAUCCAGGGGGUCCAAUGCUGCAUCAGAAUAUUGCCCAUGGGCAAGUCCCACAUUCACAAGGUCCUCAGAGCCCCACUGGUCAAGGUCAAGUCCAUGAUCCUAAUUGGCAGCAAUAUGCUCAGUCUGAUGGAAAUUGGAGUGGACACCCCAAUGACGGUUCCUGGACAGGCAAASCAAUACCACCAGACCAACAAAGRGAUGGUAACUGGGCAGCAUUUGAUGGAAGYCCACCAGAGAAAACACCACAAAAACCAGCAAGAAAAGAAAUAACRUGGAGAGAAUCACCUGAUAAYAGCUCUAGUGGUGAAGAAAUUGAGUCCAAUGAUGACGACGAYGAUGAAGAGCAGCAAGGUCUUAUUAGGUAAGAAGAYAUCAUGUUGAACAAUAGAGGUUUUGCCAAWAUGACCACCUUUCAUUAGCAUAACAUUUUUUUAAACCUAACCCAAAAUGACCCCUGAAAUACUAGACAGGCACAGCUACCUGUCAGAUGGAGCAGGGAAUAGUCUCCUUCACGGUUACCUUCGCCAUCUUGA